ACACCCCCGGCCACACCGCGGCUCUCCCGGAGCGCCGAGUCCCAGGCCCCGACGUCGGAUCUCCGCCUGGGCCCGGCGGGGGCAGCGGGAGGGCCCCCCCGGCCGAGGAUGUCCGGCAGCGGCCCAGGAAGGCCGGCGGAGGUGACAGACUGGCUGUCACAGCCGUUUGAUGACUUCUUUGGAAGCCCAGGCAUUGCCCCCUGUACGGUUGCUGUCAAGGCGCUGAGGGGCGGCUCUGGCAGGGGCCGUCGGCAGAAGCAGAGAGACCCGAGCCCCGCGGCAGAGAAGAGCAGAGCCACGGCUCCUCCCAGGAAAAGAGCCAAGCCGUGCGCUGCGGACCCGCCCUGUGCCAGGCCUGGGCGGAGCCGGAGCCAGGCCCGGGAGGAGCUGCCGUGGGUGGAGAGAUACCGACCUGAAAGCCAGAAUGACCUUGCUGUGCAAAAGAAGAAGAUUGAGGAAGUUGAAACCUGGUUAAAAACAUACAUAUUUCAGAGGCAGCCAAAGCAGGGUGGCUCUGUCUUGCUGCUUACUGGCCCUCCUGGCUGUGGAAAAACUGCGACUCUGCAAAUUCUAGCCAGAGAUCUUGGCCUUCAGGUGCAAGAAUGGACCAAUCCACUCUCUUUAGACUUCACAAAGGAAGACUUGAGAAAUAUGUUUGGCCAUGACUCAAAUUUUCAUACGUUUCCGAGUCAGGCCCAAGCAGCUCUCUUUCAAGAUUUUCUAUUAAGAGCAAAUAAGUAUAACAAACUUCAGAUGCUUGGGGAGUCCUCAGAAAAUGAUAAAAAGCUUAUUCUUAUUGAAGACAUCCCGAACCAAUUCUACCGAGACCCUGGCAGUCUACAUGAAAUCCUCAGGAGUUUUGUUCGUAGGAGUAGGUGCCCCCUUGUCUUUAUAAUCUCAGAUAACUUCAGUGGAGACAGCAGCCAGAGGUCACUAUUCCCCGCAGAUAUUGUAGAGGAGUUGUGUAUAUACAAUAUUAGUUUCAAGCCUGUUGCACCAACAAAUAUGAUGAAAGUUCUUAAUCGAAUAGCUGCAGCAGAAGCCAGUAUGAACAGAGAGAAGAAUUAUGCCCUUGAUAGAACUUCUCUGGAGUUGCUUUGCAGAGGUUGUUCUGGUGACAUAAGAAGCGCAAUAAACAGCCUUCAGUUUUCCUCUAUGAAAGACUGCUCAUUGGAGAAAGAAUUUUGGUCAAAGAAGAAGAAGAGCUCCACAAUAAAAUGUGAGGAAGUUUCCAAAGUAAGAAAGAAAAGUAAAUGUGAUACCUCAGAAGACCAGGAGAUACAAGCUAUUGGUGGCAAGGAUGCAUCCAUUUUUCUUUUCCAUGCUCUGGGAAAAAUUAUCUAUUGCAAAAGAGAAGCAGUGUCAGAAGCAGAGUGCCCUCAGCUGCCUGCUCACCUGUCCAAACACCGCCGGGACACCUUGCUCAUUCAGCCUGAGGAUAUUGUGGAAAAAUCACAUAUGUCUGGAAGCAUGUUCAAUCUAUACCUGCACCAGAACUACGUGGAUUUCUUUUCUGAUAUAGAUGAUGUAGUGAGGGCCAGUGAAUAUCUGAGCACUGCUGAUGUCCUUUGUAGUAACUGGAGUACACGGCUUGUGAUGGAGAGCUACAGUGCCUCUGUGGCUACCCGAGGGGUGAUCCACUCCAAUACAUCCAGAGCCUUUGCACACCAGCAGGGGGGCAUGGGGUUCCGACCCUUGCAUAAACCCCAGUGGUUUUUGAUCAAUAAGAAGUAUCAGGAAAAUUGCCUUGCUGCAAAAUCUCUGUUUUCAAGCUUCUGUUUACCCCCCGAGUGCCUUCAGACAGAGCUGCUGCCUUAUCUUGCUAUGUUAGCAAACCCAAUGAGAAACCAAGCUCAGAUUGCUUUUAUCCAAGACGUGGGGAGGCUGCCACUGAAAAGACAUUUUGGCAGGCUGCAGCUGGAAGCUCUGGGUGACAAGGAGCCCGGGCUGCCGCUCCACGGGGACGGUGCCGACGGCGACGCCGAGGGGCUCCCCUCCAGCCAGUCCAGCAGCAGCGACCUGCCUGGCAGCCAGCCCCAGCCCAUCGCAGCACAGGCCAUCCUGGAGGAGGAGGAACUGCGGAUCGAGGAGUAUGACAGCGACUGAGAGAGCGGGACACUCCCUCUGCCGUGCCCGCGCGGAUCCCGGCGCUGCGAGGCACUGCUGAAGAGCGUGCUCUGCCCAGCGCUGCUGCCGAGCCAUGCACGAGGGCUGGGAGCCCAGGAGGGCUGGCAGCCCAGUCCAGACCUGCCGUGAGUGGCCAGACAGUUCCUGGUGUCCUCCUCACUCUGCAGGGCCAGCCCGAGCCCAGUGCUAAGGUACAAGCUAUUUCCUGCCUCUCCUGAGCCGUGAAAUUGCCUUAGGGCAGUAACAAGAGAGAAAUAAAUGACUGAAAUCAGUUUGAAAGGGACUGUAGAUUAGCAGUGUCAGUCUUAAAUUAUCUUUAUUUUUACACAUUUUAAUAUACUUUGCAAUUGUGCAGUGUGUUUCUUGAGCACACAUGCCUUAGGUUGUCAGCAUUUGAAAGGUUUAUUCAAAUUCACUCUUUCAAAAAAACAAUUGUUUGGAAGUUUAGCCCUUCUGGAAAGAAGAGGCUGAAAUUUACACCUGAAAAGUCUGAUGUCCCAUACUGAUGAUGUAAAGAAAACUUCUACUGUAUCAAUACUGUUUUGUACUCUGACUUACAGAAGACAUAAAUAAGAUCUUCAUGUCUUUAUAAGUGGAACUAAUGUUGUACCAUGCAUUAUUUUGUAUUCCCCUUGGAAAGAUAUUUUCAUAACUUUUAGAGGGGAAAAGGCAGCAACUAAGCAGAAGUUGUACUUUGUAGGAAGUUAAAUGUAUAAUGUGCCGUUUUUCUCCUUGACUUGCAGUUGUGCUGGGGGAAACACUGAUCCUGUGUUUGGUAACUGACACUGGAUCGAGUGCUGUGGUUAGUAAUACCACAGCAGUGAGGAAAAAAGUCAAACCAAAACAGCUUUGUGUGGUGCACGUUUGCAUUUCUGUAUUGCUUAUGGCCAGUUUUGACAGAGAGAACACGUUUAUCCACCCUGACCUUGGAUUAA